AUGAUCCGUGAAAUAAUAUUCGCCUUACUUGCGAUAAUCACUGCUUCGAGUAUGUGGUCAUUAUUAAGCAAUGUUUUUCAUAUGGCGUUUAUCGAUAAUAUGCUGUUGGAUACCGUUAUUGGAGUUGUGGGUGCUGGUAACUUCUCCUAUUGGCAAUUGGGGCAUAGUGGGCCUCUACGAGUUGAAUUAACUUCUCUCAGUGGGGAUGCUGAUCUUUAUGUAGCUGAUAAUUUAAGACCAAGUUAUGAAUUUGGUAAACAUAACUUCAGCUCUAUAAGCUUUGGUGUUGAUAUUGUCAAAAUUCCUGCUGAUUUCCCAAGACCCAUUGGUAUAGGUGUAUAUGGACAUGGAGCCCAUCCAGUAUCAACAUACAGCAUCAAUGUUUUCCUAGAUGAUGGAGAUGCAAAUGAAAUAAGAUUUAAUAAAGUCAAAAUUGAAUCAACGGUUUCUAAACCAAAAAGAAAAAUUACAACAGAAAGAGUUGAAGAAAAACCACGCUUUUUAAAAUUUCUAAAUUUUUUAGAUAUGGUUUUUGAUACAUUUGUAUUGUGA